GCUGCGCAUGAGAAGGAGAAGCAAAAGCGUCAAAGAUCCAAGAAGAAGAUACACCAUGAAGGAGGAAUUACUAGAGAAGAAGCGCAGGAUCUCAUGAGGUCAAGAGAUCAAGUUGUCGAACCUCCAGUCAAUGAUCCUCCGCAGUCUCAAUUACCGGCCUCUCAACCACGCCAACGAGACGCGUUCGGAGGUGGUGUCCGGCUCGGUGGUGUGUCCGGCUCGGGGGUGGAUUACUGUGCUGCUCCCCGCCAAGUAAAACAACAUGAGAAUGACAGCGAGAGCCAACUUCAACAAAAAGGCAAUAUGUCGCGUAAUGUUGACACCACGGCCACCGCCACGACUAAUAUUCCUCCGUUCGCAAAGCCUCUGGCGCCUUAUCUCAAGAGCCGUCAGGAAGCCCUGCGCAUUCGCCAGGCAUUGACCUUGUACCUACGAUCGCACAUUGUCUUCGCCGAUGACGAUCCCACCAAGCCGUCCAGCCAUGGUUCUUCCCACAUCUCUCUCUGCGUUCCGAACGAUGCUGCCGUCGGCGUCAAGCGUAUUCCGCCUGAGUUGACUGGUGUGAGAAAGGAAUACCUGAAGGCAUUACAAGAGAAUUUAGCUGCGAGGAGGGAAUACGAUGAGAUUGCCAACGAGGUGGCGUCUAGGCGGUUAAUGAACGAGGAGGCGGUCUCCAAAACGAGCGUUGCAGCGCCUGAAGGUCUUGAAAACAAUGGCACGGCUCCUGUGUUGCAGGAUUACAUCUCACUUCUUCAUGAGCGCCGGCGAUAUGAUAAACUGCAGGUCUUCGACCGCUAUCUGAGAAAACUGAGCGAGCACGAUACGAUGAAAGCGGAUAUUCUUCAAUCUGGAGACCGAAACCAUCUUCGGCAAGACAGCUUUGACGGGUUCUUGAAACAAGAUGGUCCAGAGACGGAGAAAAUAGGGGAGAAUGUGCAGGAACUCAUUUCGAAACUGGAAAGGACGGUCAUCCGGGCAAAACAGAAGCUGGACAGGGAACAAAAGAUGCUCGAGGAAUUGAGGGCGCGGCGACUGUCAUCCAGCGCAACAGACAAGAAUGACGUGUCUCCCGCUCGGAGGGUUGUCGCUCUGCAGAGGACACGAGACGAACUCGUACAGUGGGUGGAAGAGAAGCUAGCGGCGUCCCAUAGCGACGAUGAUGGGCAAUUUCAGGAACUAUCAUUGACAGAAAUCGAAAACUCCUCGAAGCUGAUCGAGGAGCGCAAGGCAGAGAUAAAAGAGCAGUACGCGGCCUAUGUGAAAGCACGCAAGUCUCUUCUCGAUGCCCUCUCGCUUGUUUCACAGUCUGUCGUGAAAGAUGCGGGUGCAGAGGUCGAAUCACCGUCCAAGCCUACGACAAAAAUGAAACAGAGAGCCCAGCCAUCCGACUGGGACUCAAUUGAUUCUCUCGCCUAUGCAAAUGGAAUCCUUCAUCCAUUGUCCAAGGUGCAGAAAUCAUUGGCUCUGCAGAGGUCCUACCUCUCUGGCAUCUUGGCCAAAGAACAGUCUACAAUGCGCCAGGCUCUGGAUCGUUUGAGCCACGAAAGUCACUUGCUCCCAGAAUAUCCCAUUCUAGCUCGUCAAUCCAGAUUCCAGCAUAUUACUAGUGGGUCGCGAUCAGAUCGGUCAGGGCUGACCAAGACGGAAGAAAUCGUGGAUCAGGCCCAAGCUUGGGCGUUUGCUUCUGAGGCCGCCCGGGCGAAUGAAAGAGACUAUGUCGACCAGAAGAUUGAAAGGGGCAGUGAGAUGGCGGAAACCGCUUCUGAGACCCUCCAGCAAGUCUACGAGUUGUUGAAUCAAGACUACAAAGAGGUCAUGAAAGAGGGAAACGACGAGGAACAGAACGAAGGCGAUAUAUGGGCCGCGGAGAUUCGUUCGAGCAGACUGCGGGGAAGACAACACCGGGAGGACAAGCGACCCAAAGGCCCGUGGUCAGGCCUGAAUGGAAGGGUUGGAGUCACUGGAGAUAUUUAA